AUGUCUCUGGGCAGAUGCAGGCAGGCCAUGCUUGCAGCAGAGAUCUGCACCCUGAUGGCAAUUCUGGUGGCAGGCACUGCAGGACAGAGCCAGGACAGGAGGGAGGCAGGGUCCUCCUGCUACGGGGGGUUUGACCUUUACUUCGUUUUGGACAAGUGAGUGUUCUCCUCUGUCUUCUUGCCUGCUCCAAGUCUCACUUUACUGCAGGAGCAUCCAUAGAGGCAGUGUAGCAGCCUGCUUCCAUUUAGUCACCUACCACAUGUUGGACAUUUCUCUGCAUUCUCAUCAUUAUUGCCCAGAGAAAUACUUACACCGAGCAAUUACAUUUUACUUUACAAAUAUAUAUAUUUUUAAGGUAGUCUAAUUUUAAUGGAGUGAUAGCCUGAUCCACUAAUCUGAACCAGAGGCCUGACAACACAACGUGAACAUAUAUGUCUCCGGGGGCUAAUUGGAAGUGUUAGAGCAUGGGGGUGGGGUGGUGGAAGAGGGAAAUAGAGUUGGUGGAGUGGAGGGGGUGCUUGGGCUGAGGUAAAUAUGCAGAAAUUAGAGCAGGUAUGUGGGUGAUAUGCAGUCCAAGAGACCCAUGGGGCCAGAGGCUGCAUACUAACCUCUCCCUGGUGGUUCCAAUCAGUUCCACUAAAGCAGCACAGCAGAAAACUGGUCAAAUCUACUUCCUCAGCUUUCCCCACCUGCUCUGUCAAGAGGCUCCAUUAGUUUCUACUGGAAAAUGGAAAUUGGAAAUGGAAAAAACUGCCAACAAAACACAGGCUAUCUGUAAACUUGUUGUGCUAUCACGGGCCUUAGAAUCUCUGUUUUCAUGAAACAUUGCCCAUAUGGCAUGUAGGAUGCUGGGGAAUGCUAGUAUGUUAUUGUUAUGUGUUCAAGUCAUGUGUUCCUUACCUUUCCAGACUCACCCCUCCCUCUGUGUGUCCAAAUGCUUUUAAAGAUGGCAAUUGUUUUCCCAGUUAUUGGCAGCUCCACUGCAAUUACAUUUCUGUGGUGCACCAUGCUAGAAUACAGAACUACAGUAAUUCCGAGCUUUCAUAGGGAAUGUUUUUUCACAGUUAGUCCUGUCUUAUUCAAUUCUCAUCCACAAUCCGUUGAGCAGUCACACUAUUGAGGAUAUAUGAAAGCUAGCAAAUAAAAUGAUUUUAGAAAAAAAAUUGCCCCACAAAACCAUUAGUUCAUAUAUUUUUUAACUAGUUGUUUGGAUGCAUAUGGUACACCACUUACCAUAUAAAUAACCAAGUUUACAAUAAAAGUAAAUAAAAGUCUGCUCUUGAACGUGCAAAAGCAAUCAGCUUAGUUUGGAAGUGAGAAAACAAUACAUUUCUACUUUAGAUAAUUUUUUGCUGCUUUAAGUUUCCCAAGCAAUUAAAAUCUUUCAGAUGAACAGUUCUAUAGUAUAGAUCACAUGCAGUAUUUCACACACUUUAAUCGGAAUACUGUAUGCAUGGGUGAAAUGUGUGACUGUUCAUACAGCAUGCAGAGCAAUGUUAGCUACUUCAUGACUCCCCAGUCGUCUUCCCUUGCACAGUGUAGUGUGCAGUGGGGAGAGCUCCGGUCUUUCUCUACGCCCCAAACCUCUCUCCAUGUCUGUCUGGUCUGCACAACCCUUUCACCAUUAGGCCCAGAUGUUCCAAAGCUCCCGAGUUUCUGGCAGCUGUGUCAGGACUGGGACUCAUAUCAAAGUACAACGGACAGAAAAACAAGUGAGAGGGAAGAAAAGAGAGGCAAAGAAAGAAAGAAAGAAAGAAAGAAAGAAAGAAAGAAAGAAAGAAAGAAAGAAAGAAAGAAAGAAAGAAAGAAAGAAAGAAAGAAAGAAAGAAAGAAAGAAAGAAAGAGAAAGAAAGAGAGAGAAAGAAAGGUAGAGAGAGAGAAAGAGAUCUUUUGAUUUAUCCUUUCUCAAUCAAUGUAUUCAGACUUUCAAGCAUCAACAUCUUUCAAAUACUUAAACAUAUCCAUCAAAUAUGUGGGACAUUCUGUAAGUAUUCAUAACUGCUGUAUUGCUAUUGUGUCAGUCUGAAUUGGCCAAUCACUCAAAACCUCUGGCACGUCUGUAGGCCUACAGAAAAAGGCACAUUGUGAUCCAUCCUAAACAAAACCUGUCUCUAUGCACCAUACUUAUCAAGUCUAAAAUGGUCACAUCUCAAAGUUGCAUUGACAUUAUCCUAUUUGACUGGCGUUUUGGAAAAGCUGUGCUCAUUUCCUGAGUCCAGUGUUGCUGUCCAAGGUAAUCAUCAAACACAUACUGGUAAUCAUCUGAAUAAUAUUUUUCCUUAAUGCUGUCCAAACUACUCCCCAUUUCAUGAGGUCCCUGCUUUUAUUUUUUAUUUGAUUUAUGAGGAUCUCCAUUAGCCGAUGCCAAUGGUGACAGCUAGUCUUACUGGGGUCCAACACAUAACGAAAAAUACAUUACAGACAAAAUACUUUACAAUUGACAUACAUUUAAAAACAUUAACAUGUAGUAUGUGUGUGAAUCUAUCAGUUACACAUACAUGUCAGUACAUACACACAACAAGUAGUUCACAUGGGGGAGAGGCAUUGUGCCGUGAGGUGUUGCUUUAUUUGUUUUUUGAAACCAGGUCUGCAGUUCACUUGUGCUAUAUAAUUGAAGGGAGUUCCAUGCACUCAUGGCUCUGUAUAAUACUGUACAUUUACUUGAAUUUGUUCUGGACCUGGGGACUGUGAAAAGACCCCUGGUGGCAUGUCUGGUGGGGUAAGUGUGUGUGUCAGUGCUGUGUGUAAGUUGAGUAUGCAAACAAUUUGGAAUUUAAAACACAUUAAGUCUUAUAAAAACAAGAAGUGGCGCAGUCAAUCUUUCCUCAACUCUUAGCCAAGAGAGACUGGCAUGCAUAGUAUUAAUAUUAGCCCUCUUAUUACAAUGAAGAGCAGAGCAUCUCUUUAUUACAGACAGACCUCUCCCCAUAUUUACAGCCGUUGAAUCUAUAUGUUUUGACCAUGACAGUUUGCAAUCUAAGGUAACACUAAGUAAUUUAGUCUCCUCAACUUGUUCAACAGCCACACCAUUAUUUAGCAGAUUCAGCUGAGGUCUAGAACUUAGGGAAUGAUUUGUACCUAAUACAAUGCUCUUAGUUUUAGAGAUGUUCAGGACCAGUUUAUUACUGGCCACCCAUUCCAAAACAGACUGCAACUCUUUGUUAAGGGUUUCAGUGACUUCAUUAGAUGUGGUUGCUGAUGCGUAUGUGGUUGAAUCAUCAGCAUAUGGACACACAUGCUUUGUUUAAUGCCAGUGGCAGGUCAUUGUUAAAAAUAGAAAAGAGUACACCACACUUUACGUGUUUGACAUUAGAGAAGCUUCCAUUAAAGAAAACCCUCUGAGUUCUAUUAGAUAGAAAGGUUGAAAAGCCAUAACACAUACGUUUUCUCAACAACAUGUUAUGGUCAAUAAUAUCAAAGGCUGCACUGAAAUCUAACAGUACAGCUCCCACAAACUUCUUAUUAUGAAUGUCUUUCAACCAAUCAGUCAUUUGUGCCGGUGCAGUACAUGUUGAGUGCCCCUCUCUAUAAGCAUGCUGAAAGUAUGUUCAUUUGUUUACAGAGAAAUAGCAUUGUAUUUGGUCAAACAAUUUUUUCCAACAGUUUGCUAAGAGCUGGCAGCAAGCUGAUAGGUCUACUGUUAGAACCAGUAAAGGCCGCUUUACCAGUCUUGGGUAGCGGAAUGACUUUGGCUUCCCUCCAGGCCUGAGGACAAAGACUUUCCUCUAGGCUCAGAUUAAAGAUAUGACAGAUAGGAGUGGCUAUAGAGUCAGCUUCCAUCCUCAGUAGCUUUCUAUCUAAGUUGUCAAUGCCAGGAGGUUUGUCAUUAUUGAUCGAUAACAAUAAUCUUUCCACCUCUCCCACACUAAUUUUACAAAAUUCUAAUUUGCAAUGCUUUUCUUUCAUUAUUUGUUUUUUAUGCAUGAGUACAAUGGCUCACUGUUCGUUGUUGGCAUUUCUUGCUUAAGUUUGCCCACUUUGCCAAUAAAGUAAUCAUUAAAAUAAUUGGCAACAUUAAAUGGUUGUGUAAUGAAUAAGCCAUCUGAUAAUUUCAUUUAAAGUACUCCAACGUUUUUUCCAUCAUUCUUUAUAUCAUUGAUCUUGGCUUCAUAAUACAGUUUCUUCUUCUUUUUGUUAAAUUUAGUCACCUAAUUUCUCAAUUUGUAGUAAGUCAGCCAGUCAGAUGUGCAGCCAGACUUAUUAGCCAUUCCUUUUGCCCCAUCACUUUCAACCAUAGUUUUUCAAUUCCUCAUCAAUCCAUGGAGCCUUAACAAAUAUAUUUUUUUACAUCAUCCACAUAAGAGUCACAGCAAAGUAUUUUGUAUGAUCUCAUACACUAUUUUAGGCCCAGCUUUGGAACUUUGGCUUUCCUGGAUGUAGCCACUAUAUUGUGAUCACUGCAUCCAAUGGGUACGGAUAAAGCUUUAGAACAAAGUUCUACGGUAUUACUAAAAAUGUGAUCAAUACAUGUGGAUGAUCUUGUUCCUGUAGUGUUUGUAAACACCCUGAUAGGUUGAUUAAUAACCUGAACCAGAUUACAGGCACUUGUUACAGUGAGAAGCUUCCUCUUGAGCGGACAGCUUGAUGAAAACCAGUCAAUAUUCAGGUCCCCAAGAAAGUAGACCUCUCAGUUUACAACACAUACACUAUCAAGCAUUUCACACAUAUUAUUUAGAUACUGACUGUUAGCACUAGGUGGCCUAUAGCAACACCCAAAAGUAUUUAUGUGCCAGGUGAACCUGCAACCACAACACUUCAAUAACAAUUGACAUAAGACCUUCUCUAAGCAUUACAGGGAUAUGGCUCUGAAUAUAUACAGCAACACCUCUCCCAUAUCCUUGUAUUGCUACUUCUGUAUCAUCAAAUGAAUUACAGUGCAUUCGGAAAAUAUUCAGACCCCUUGACUCUUUCCACAUUUUGUUACAUUACAGCCUUAUUCUAAAAUGGAUAGAAUCGUUUUCCCCCCCUCAUCAAUCUACACACAAUACCCCAUAAUGACAAAGCAAAAAACAGGUUUUUAGAUUUUCUUUGCAAAUAAAUUGUCAAAAAUAAACUUAAAUAUCACGUUUACAUAAGUACUCAGACCCUUUACUCAGAACAUUGUUGAAGCACCUUUGGCAGCGAUUACAGUCUCAAGUAUUCUUGGGUAUGACGCUACAAGCUUGGCACACCUGUAUUUGGGGAGUUUCUCCCAUUCUUCUCUGCACAUCCUCUCAUCCUGUCAGGUUGGAUGGGGAGCGUUGCUACAGAGCUAUUUUCAGGUCUCUCCAGAGAUGUUAGAUUGGGUUCAAGUCUGGGCUCUGGCUGAGCCACUCAAGGAUAUUCAGAGACUUGUCCCGAAGCCACUCCUCCGUUGUCUUGGCUGUGUGCUUAGGGUUGUUGCCCUGUUGGAAGGUGAACCUUCGCCCCAGUCUGAGGACCUGAGUGCUCUGGAGCAGGUUUUCAUCAAGGAUCUCUCUGUACUUUGCUCUGUUCAUCUUUCCCUCGAUCCUGACUAGUCUCCCAGUCCCUGCCACUGAAUAACAUCCCCACAGCAUGAUGCUGCCACCACCAUGCUUCACCGUAGGGAUGGUACCAGGUUUCCUCCAGACGUGACGCUUGGCAUUCAGGCCAAAGAGUUCAAUCUUGGUUUCAUCAGACCAGAGAAUCUUGUUUCUCAUGGUCUGAGAGUCCUUUAGGUGCCUUUUGGCAAACUCCAAGCGGGCUGUCAUGUGCCUUUUACUGAGCAAUGGCUUCCAUCUGGCCACUCUACCAUAAAGGCCUGAUUGGUGGAGUGCUGCAGAGAUGGUUGUCCUUCUGGAAGGUUCUCUCAUCUCCACAGAGGAACUCUGGAGCUCUGUCAGAGUGACCAUCGGGUUCUUGGUCACCACCCUGACCAAGGCACUUCUCCCCCGAUUGCUCAGUUUGGCCAGGCGGCCAGCUCUAGGAAGAGUCUUGGUGGUUCCACACUUCUUCCAUUUAAGGAUGAUGGAGGCCACUGUGUUCUUGGGGACCUUCAAUGCUGCAGAAAUGUGUGCCUCGACACAAUCCUGUCUCGGAGCUCUUCGGACAAUUCCUUCGACCUCAUGGCUUGGUUUUUGCUCUGACAUGCACUGUCAACUGUGGGACCUUAUGUAGACAGGUGUGCCUUUCCAAAUCAUGUCCAAUCAAUUGAAUUCAUCACAGGUGGACUCCAAGUUGUAGAAACAUCAAGGAUGAAUAAUGGACACAGGAUGCACCUGAUCUCAAUUUCGAGUCUCAUAGCAAAGGGUCUGAAUACUUAUGUAAAUAAUAUGAUUUUUAUUAUAAAUACAUUUGCAAACAUUUCUAAAAACCUGUUUUUGCUUUGUCAUUAUGGGGUAUUGUGUGUAGAUUGAUGAGGAUUCGUUGUUUUAUUUAAUCCAUUUUAGAAUAAGGCUGUAACGUAACAAAAUGUGGAAAAAGUCAAGGGGUCUGAAUACUUUCCGGAUGCACUGUAUCUAAGUGAGCUUUAGAAAUGGCUAAUAUAUGAAUGUUAUCUGAAGUUAGCAAGUUAUUGAUUUCAUGAACCUUAUUUCUGAAGCUACAUAUAUUAAUGUGGGCAAUUUUCAGGCCUUUCCUGGGUAGCUUAUCGGAGAUAGACAUAAUAUGGAAAAGAGCAAACAAAGCAAGAGAAAAAUAUAUAUACAUUCAGCAGUCCAUUAAUCAGUUGGUAUGUGUAAGUGUGUGUGUCUAUGCUGUGGGUUUGAGGGGGGCUCUGAGGUACCGGAACACAUUGAGAAAAAAAGUGUCAAACACAACGUAGCAGCCAAGUAGCCUACUAUGGAUUGUGGUGAAAGCGACAGCACACUCCAAGGUGCUAAUUAAUUCAAAGCAUUUUAGACAUCACUGCAGCAUGCCCACAUACUUGAGUACAGCUGCGGGUCUUACACAAGUCCGCAUUUCUUAUAGUUAGCAAUUGCUGUGAAGUCACCAAAAUUAUUUGAAAUAACGAUUGAGGUAGCUACAGUAUGUAAUCUAACAACACUUAACUACUACAAACUAAUUAAAAUUACGAUAAAUAAAAGUUAACUUACUUGUUUUUUGCUGUCCAGUGGCAACACAAGUGGGGUAUUUGAUUUGCGAACUCAUCACAUGAUUAGUGUCUCGUCAGCAACACAAAAAAUGUACUUCCGGGCCACAGAAUUUUGAAAGAAUUCAAUAUGAAAGUUCCCCACGUAAUAGUAGAAAAGUGUCAAUAACCAUUCAUGAAAAAUUAUUGUCUAAACAUUAACAAUGAUUCAUAUUUGUUCAUAUGUAAGUGACAUUUGCAUUACAUUUGUGUUUUUAGACAUGUUCCAAGGUCAUAUAAAUGCCCCCAAUGUGAAUCACUGUAUAUGGAAUACAUACAGUUGAAGUUGGAAGUUUACAUACACCUUAGCCAAAUACAUUUAAACUCAGUUUUUCACAAUUCCUGACAUUUAAUCCUAGUAAAAAUUCCUUGUCUUAGGUCAGUUAGGAUCACCACUUUAUUUUAAGAAUGUGAAAUGUCAGAAUAAUAGUAGAGAGAAUGAUUUAUUUCAGCUUUUAUUUAUUUCAUCACAUUCCCAGUGGGUCAGAAGUUUACAUACACUCAAUUAGUAUUUGGUAGCAUUGCCUUUAAAUUGUUUAACUUGGGUCAAACAUUUCCGGUAGCCUUCCACAAGCUUCCCACAAUAGGUUGGGUGAAUUCUGGCCCAUUCCUCCUGACAGAGCUGGUGUAACUGAGUCAGGUUUGUAGGCCUCCUUGCUCGCACACGCUUUUUCAGUUCUGGCCACACAUUUUCUAUAGGAUUGAGGUCAGGGCUUUGUGAUGGCCACUCCAAUACCUUGACAUUGUUGUCCUUAAGUCAUUUUGCCACAACUUUGGAAGUAUGCUUGGGGUCAUUGUCCAUUUGGAAGACCCAUUUGUGACCAAGCUUUAACUUCCUGACUGAUGUCUUGAAAUGUUGCUUCAAUAUAUCCACAUAAUUUUCCUUCCUCAUGUUGCCAUCUAUUUUGUGAAGUGCACCAGUCCUUCCUGCAGCAAAGCACCCCCACAGCAUGAUGCUGCCACCCCUGUGCUUCACGGUUGGGAUGGUGUUCUUCAGCUUGCAAGGCGACACCUUUUUCCUCCAAACAUAACGAUGGUCAUUAUGACCAAACAGUUCUAUUUUUGUUUCAUCAAACCAGAGGACAUUUCUCCAAAAAGUAUGAUCUUUGUCCCCAUGUGCAGUUGCAAACCGUAGUCUGGCUUUUUUAUGGCGGUUUUGGAGCAGUGGCUUCUUCCUUGCUGAGCUGCCUUUCAGGUUAUGUCGAUAUAGGACUCGUUUUACUGUGGAUAUAGAUACUUUUGUACCUAUUUCCUCCAGCAUCUUCACAAAGUCCUUUGCUGUUGUUCUGGGAUUGAUUUGCACUUUUCGCACCAAAAUACGUUCAUCUCUAGGAGACAGAACGUGUCUCCUUCCUGAGCGGUAUGACGACUGCGUAGUCCCAUGGUGUUUAUACUUGCGUACUAUUGUUUGUACAGAUGAACGUGGUACCUUCAGGCAUUUGGAAAUUGCUCCCAAGGAUGAACCAGACUUGUGGAGGUCUACACCUAUUUUUCUGAGGUCUUGGCUGAUUUCUUUUGAUUUUCCCAUGAUGUCAAGCAAAGAGGCACUGAGUUUGAAGGUAGGCCUUGAAAUACAUCCACAGGUACACCUCCAAUUGACUCAAAUGAUGUCAAUUAGCCUAUCAGAAGCUUCUAAAGCCAUGACAUCAUUUUCUGGAAUUUUCCAAGCUGUUUAAAGGCACAGUUAACUGAAUGUAUGUAAACGUCUGACCCACUGGAAUUGUGAUACAGUGAAUUAUAAGUGAAAUAAUCUGUCUGUAAACAAUUGUUGGAAAAAUUACUUGUGUCAUGCACAAAGUAGAUGUCCUAAUCGACUUCCCAAACCAUAGUUUGUUAACAAGAAAUUUGUGGAGUGGUUGAAAAAUGAGUUUUAAUGACUCCAACCUAAGUGUAUGUAAACUUCCGACUUCAUCUGUAUAGGCUUAGAGCAAGAACUAUUCUGGGUGCCGCAGUAAAGGUAUGGUAGGGAAUAUUCAGUAGGGUCUGUAGAAUGUAUAUAUGGUGUCAUUUCAUUGGGCUGAAUAAUACGGAGUGCUGCUGGCCAUUCUAUUGGCGGCCAAAUCACAUCACAUGUGCUUGUUGCACUACAGAAAACCAGCUAACCAAACAACAGUGUUUCUUUGAUUUUUCCCAGACCUCAAAAGUCAUCCCCUGAUGUGGUUUAAGCAUUGUUGUGAACACAGAAAAAUGUUUGUGACAAAAUGGGGUUAAACAUGAAAUAAAUUGAGAAAUCUGAAACCUGGAAAAACAAAAGCAAGAAAACAGAAUUGUGGGAAAAAACUGAAGUAGGUAAAAUAUAAAAAUGGAUUUUAAAAGGCCCUACCAACGUUUCCUGCUGUGCAUGACUGCACUUUCAAAAUAUGUCUACUUACAUGUUGUAUUGACAAGCAUCAUUUCCCUCAUUUUGGUUGAGUUCCUCCCCGACUACAUUGCAGACACAUGCCAGAUCUUACAACGCCUGGAUAGGUAGGCCUAUUUAACAUAUCAACAAACCAAAUCACAUGAUAUAGAAAUCUGCUAUCAUGGCACACAACCAUUGGUUGAUGCAUGCAACAUCUGAGCAGGGUAACGCAUUAUCAUUAGCUAACGCCCUGUAGGGUGAGCUGAUUGGUGGACACACGGAAGCAGCGAUUGGUUUGUGGACAGGUCAAUCAUGGUACCUGUAAGGGCCCUUUUAACAGCUCCACCACAAUAACAGACAUCUUCCAACAUUUAUUUUAGGUCCGGGAGUGUACAACACCACUGGAAUGAGAUCUAUUACUUUGUCGAUCACCUGGCUCAUAAAUUCAUAAGGUACAGUAUUGCCUGGAUUGUUACCCAGAUACCACUACAAGUCCCAGAGAGCUCAAUGAAUGUAUACUGGCCAGUAAGGAUGUAUCAAGUCCAGUAAGGAUAUAAACAGACAUGUUUUUGCACAAAGUAUUUGGACAAGACAGCAACACACAUAAAGAGAUUAUGUCUGUCUGUCAACUGUGGAAAUACUCCCACCCCCCACCCAUCUACAGGUCACUGCCAAAAUAAAGGAAACACCAACAUAAAGUGUCUUAAUAGGGUGUUGGGUCACAACAAGCCAAAACAGCUUCAUUGCACCUUGGCAUAGAUUCUACAAGUGUCUGGAACUCUAUCGGAGAAACUCCAUCAUUUGGUGUUUUGUUGACGGUGGUGGAAAACGCUGUCUCAGGCGCCACUCAAGAAUCUCCCAUAAACUUUCAAUUGGGUUGUGAUCUGGUGACUGAGACAGCCAUGGCAUAUGAUUUACAUCGUUUUCAAGCUCAUCAAACCAUUCAGUGACCACUCGUGCCCUGUGGAUGGGGGCAUAGCCAUUGUAGCCAAAAUAAUGGCCUGCCCAGCAUUUUUAUACAUGACCCUAAGCAUGAUGGGAUGUUAAUUGCUUACUUAACUCAGGAACCACAACUGUGUGGAAGCACCUGCUUUCAAUAUACUUUGUAUCCCUUAUUUACUCAAGUCUUUCCAUUAUUUUGGCAGUUUCCUGUAUCUCUUUCUCUUCCUCUCUAGUCCUCAGCUGCGGAUGUCCUUCAUUGUAUUUUCUACAGAGGGACGGAUCCUGAUGAAACUAACAGAAGACAGGCAAGACAUAAUCCUUCAAGCUGUUGUGGCUUAUGCUUUAACUACUCACAACUAACACAGACAGGAUACACAAUACAACACUUUUAAUGACCUGCCCAUUUCACUCAUUGGUCAAUCGUUUUGUGGAGGGUACUAUGUGGGGUACUGCCCACAUGAUACACUGACGGUACCAAUGGCAUAGUGUGUGUGUGUGUGUCUGUGUAAGAGCAGGGAGCAGAUUCGGGCAGGCCUGGAGGAGCUCCGCAUGGUGCACCCUGGGGGAGACACUUUCAUGCACAAAGGGUUCCAAAGGGUGAGUAAUGGAUUGGAGACCAGUAGCUGAAGGUAACUGGGCAACAGCUAGACGUCCCGCUGCAAAAAUUAGAACAAUAUAUUGUUCUGUUCCAAUAACCUUCCUAUCUAUCUAUGGGUAAAAGCAGAAGACAAAUUGCUCUCUCGUAUUGAUCAAUAAAGUAUCCUAAAAAUGAUUCUUCUUCUAUCUGCUCUUCCAGGCCAGUGAACAAAUCUACUAUGCUGGUGACAGUGAGUAGAUUAUUCUUGUUUUUGCACUUGGAAUAAAUAAUGUGGGUAGAACUCUGGCUCUCAUUAUGUCAAAAGCAGACACAAAAGAGUACAAUUAAAACCUAUUGAUCCCUAUUGAACACAAUUUAUGGUAUCAGAGGUAUUAGAAUGAAUUAUCCAAUUAUUAUCUUCACAUUCAGAGACAGAUAGACAGUCUGUGUUCUGAGAAGAUGUCUUCUGUUCUGCUCUGUUGUCUUGUAACUCAUUUGUGAGUGGCGCAGUGGUCUAAGGCACUGCAUCGCAGUGCUAACUGUGCCACUAGAGAUCCUGGUUCGAAUCCAGGCUCUGUCACAGCCAGCCGCGACCGGGAGACUCAUGGGCGGCGCACAAUUGGCCCAGCGUCGUCCAGGGUAGGGGAGGGAAUGGCCGGCAGGGAUGUAGCUCAGUUGAUAGAGCAUGGCGUUUGCAACGCCAGGGUUGUGGGUUCGAUUCCCACGGGGGGCCAGUAUAAAAAAAUAUGCAUUCACUAACUGUAAGUCGCUCUGGAUAAGAGCGUCUGCUAAAUCACUAAAAUGUAAAUGUAAAUGUAUUUGUCCUGGUCCAUCAGGUUUCCGUACGGCCAGUGUCAUCAUUGCCUUGACAGAUGGCGAACUGAGGGAGAAUCAGUUUGAUCUGGCAGAGAGAGAGGUGAGAUAAAUAUUUGUUUUGGACCUACAGUAAUGGAUGAUCUAUUGGUAAUAUCUACUGUAUCACUACACUCACAGAGUGAGGAGAAUGCAAAUAGCUAACCACAUUCCACAAGGUAUUCCAGUCCUGGAGGAGUGGCUUCUCAGUACUACUGCCUGUCAUAAUCUGUAAUUAUCAUUAUUAGAAAUGCUGUUUCUGUUAAUACACUAUAUAUACAAAAGUAUGUGGACACCCCUUCAAAUUAGUGGAUUUGGCUAUUUCAGCCACACCCAUUACUGACAGGUGUAUAAAAUCAAGCACACAGCCAUGCAAUCUGCAUAGACAAAAACAGGCAGUAGAAUGGCCUUACUGAAGAGCUCAGUGACUUUCAACGUGGCACCGUCAUAGGAUGCCACCUUUCCAAUAAGUCAGUUCGUAAAAUGUCUGCCUUGCUAGUGCUGUCCCGGUCAACUGUAAGUGCUGUUAUUGUGAAGUGGAAACGUCUAGGAUCAACAACGCUCAGCUGCGAAGUGGUAGGCCACACAAGCUCACAGAACGGGACCGCCAAGUGCUGAAGCGCAUGGCGCGUAAAAAUCGCCUGUCCUCGCUUGCAACACUCACUACCGAGUUCCAAACUGCCUAUGGAAGCAACGUCUACACAAGACCUGUUCGUCGGGAGCUUCAUGAAAUGGGUUUCCAUGGCCGAGCAGCGGCACAAAAGCCUAAGAUCACCAUGCACAAUGCCAAGCGUCGGCUGGAGUGGUGUAAAGUUUGGUGGAAGAGGAAUAAUGGUCUGGGGACGUUUUUCAUGGUUCGGGCUAGGCCCCUUAGGUCCAGUGAAGGGAAAUCUUAACGCUACAGCAUACAAUGACAUUCUAGACGAUUCUGUGCUUUCCAACUUUGUGGCAACAGUUUGGGGAAGGCCCUUUUCUGUUUCAGCAUAAAAAUGCCCUGUGCACAAAGCGAGGUCCAUACAGAAAUGGUUUGUCGAGAUCGGUGUGGAAGAACUUGACUGGCCUGCACAGAGCCACUCAACUCCAUCGAACACCUUUAAGAUGAAUUGGAAUGCCGACUGCGGGCCUAAUCGCCGAACAUCAGCACUCGACCUCACUAAUGCUUGUGACUGAAUGGAAGCAAGUCCCUGCAGCAAUGUUCCAACAUCUAGUGGAAAGCCUUCCCAGAAGAGUGGAGGCUGUUACAGCAGCAAAGGAGGGACCAACUCUAUAUUAAUGCCCAUGAUUUUGGAAUGAGAUGUUAUACGAGCAGGUGUCCACACACUUUUGGUGAUGUAGCAUAUCUUCCUACAGCUGGUUGCAUCAGUAAAUUCAGCUGGUGAAAUGGAAAAGAGCCUAACCUAAAGCCUUUCAAUUACUGGAUGUCUAUACAUUGGCUGGUGGCCAUUUGUGCAGAACUUCCUAGACUUGAGAAGUUGACUUAAAUGUCACCAAGACUGAAGAAGUCAUCAUGGGCUGUGGAAGAACACCCAAAGCACUCAGGGCCAUAACUAUAUAUGUGGACACCAAGGUCCGGACUUCUCACAGUUCUCACACUCGAAUUUCAACAAACAACUUUGUUUUUAUUUUUAGGAACUCAGUCGGGGUCUCAAUUUACACAAGGUGCAAUUUUGAAACUUAGUUGUGCAUCAGCAGUUUUCUUCGUCAUACGUCACUCACUAGCUAGGUUUACAUCAAAUUGGCAACAGAUUUUCAUGCGAAAAUUCUAUAAUCUGCAUAUAAACAAUAUGCAAAUUUUCCCACCAGAGGUGUUUCCAUCAAAUUGACUUGUUGCAGCUAAAAGGCUGUGCGUGAUGACGUAGUGCACAUAAAAUGCAUUUUGCUGUUAAAAUGUAGUGUUAUAUAGUAUACACACUCUGGUAUUGGCACAUACACUCUAGCCAACAGCACUAUCUGUACACUGUUCGCUAAAGCACACAUAUAGCCUACAUGAUGAGAUUAUUAUUUUGGACAAAAGAGCGAGAUUAUUUGUCAAACGGCAGCCAAGCAUUGAUUAUCAUGUCACCAGAAUAAGACCCUUGAUAUUUAUUGGAAAUGAGCAUCAAGCUCAUACAGUGCACUUAUACCACCAUGUGAAGUUCAUCAUAAUUUAUUUCAUCUGUAACCUAAUAAACUGUAUGCUUUCCCGAUGAGUCGUAGUAGGAGGACCACACAACAUGUCAUCUCAUGACUCCAAGUUUACUUCGAUAUGAUGGCUAUUAUAUCAACAUUUGCGUAUAAAAGCGUUUCCACCAAAAAUGUUCGCAUAAUAAAUUUUACCAACAUAAAAAGAUCCCACCUUGUCUUGCGUAUUUUGUUUUGUCGACAUUUGGAAGGUUUACCGAAAAAUUGUGUUUCCAUCAGGUCUGUCUGACAUUUUUUAUCCAACAUGUACUUUACACACAUGGAAUGGUUGGAUGGAAACCUCUUUACUGACAGUCACUCAAUUGUAAAAAUACAUUGGUACAUUAGUCUAGUUAGUCUAGCCAGCUAUCUAAACUUGUAAUAAUCAUGACCCAGGGGUCCUGACCUCUAGGGGGCCCCCAUUGUUUUUGCUAGUCACUCUCAUACAGAUAAAGUUAUAUAAAACAAACUAAUUUGUUUACUUUUUGUUAAUAAAAUGCUUUUUCUGCUAACAGAUCCCUCUGUACUUAUUAAAUUAUAGUUUUUAAUCCCAGUGCUGAGUUAAUGUGUAGCAGCUAAUUAUAGCUAAUAGGCUAUGUGUUUGUAGAUCGACUGAGGUGAAUGAACCUACAGCAGCCAAGGUGAUAAUGGCUGGAGUAAUUUUUGCUUGUUUUUGCUGUUCUCCAAAAAGCAUUGUAUAGUUUUUAAACUGUAUAAGAAUUCAGUAAAUGAGCUCCAACUGUCUUAAUAUUCACCCUGUCCGGGGACCUCACUAAAACUCAGACCCUGGUUACGGCCCUGAAAUAACUAGAUUUAAACAAAGCAAUCGAUAGAGUGGACUGCUACAAAAAUGCCUGCAACAUUAUAGACAGCAAACUCUGCUUUGGAGAAAACUUGGAUGCCUUUGUCUCCAAAUGUCAGUCACGACUAAAUACCUGCACAAACUAAGAUGGUUGGAGAAAACCCAAAAUCUGUCUUGCAAGCGUUCCAUAGAUGCUUCAUAGAAUCAAUGCUCAUCCUUUAUGGAGACACCUUUAUACAAUGUGUUGUAUUGGUUUUCUAUAUAUCUAACACCACACAUGAAGUUCUCUCUACUUUGGUCAAUAUCGAGUUAUGAAAUAACUUUCAUGUCUAUUUGUGUUGCCCUUUUGAAAACUAGGCCAGCCGAUCGCGUCAACUGGGCGCCUCAGUCUACUGCGUGGGAGUAAAAGACUUCAAUGAAACCCAGGUGAGCCACGUUCACAUGUUUCUGUUGUGAGCAGGGGAUUAUUAUUGUUAUUACACUGUUAUUAAAUUAUAACUCUCCUCACUCCCUAGCUUUGGACAAUAGCCGACAGUAAGGACCAUGUCUUCCCUGUAAAUGAUGGCUUUGAGGCACUGCAAGGAGUCAUUGAUUCAGUAAGGGCACUGUUGUUGGGGUUGGUAGAAUGAUGCAAACAGCUGUUCACUAUUUUAAGGUAUGUUUUCAACACUGUUGAAAGGAUACCAUGGUAUAAGGUAUACAUACUUUCAACAGCUCUAAGUCUUACAGAUUUACGCCAUCAGUACUGCUGCUCUCCGCCUUCAUCAUUAACCAUCGCCUUCUCCCUCUCGUCUUCUCCCUCGCUCUCUGUUUCUCUCGCUCUCUCUUCUCCCUUCCCGCAGAUCCUGAAGAGAUCAUGCAUUGAGAUCUUGGCAGCAGAGCCCUCUAGUAUCUGUGAAGGAGGUGAGUGGUGUAUUAGCUCCUCUGUUGGAGCUCCAGAAUGGAAAUGGGUUUCUUAAUGGACUCCAGCUGCAUGGCAAUGACGCUUGUUUAUUGAUAUGCUGCUAACACGGAUCAAUCCACUCUGUGUUUCUACUGUGUGUGUAAUGAGACAGCAGGGGGGAAAUUGAUUGACUUAAAUAUGUGUUUGACUCAGUGUAAAUGCAAAGUGCCAGCUGAAGAUAAACAGGCGUGGUUAAAACAUUACAUCCUCUCUGGCUCAGCCUAGCCUGCAUUUGACCGAUUUCAGAUAAUCAUCAUCCCACUGGGCACAAACUGGUUAAGUCAACAUUGUUUCAAAGUAAUUUGUCAAGUUAUUGUGACGUGGAAUCUAUGUGGAAAAUACAUUGGAUUUGAAAAAAGUCAUCACUGUUGUUUUAAGGGUAGAAUUUCAACUACAGGAUAAUAUCAUGAUGGUAACCAAUUUUCAACAUAGACACACCUUGUAUAAAAUAUGUUGAAUUUGUACCUUUGAAACAACAUCAGAUCUUCAACGUAAUAUCCACUAUAAGAAAAAACAAUAGGCUGAGCAGCACCUCCUACUGGAGAGUUGAUCUAUCUACAGCUAUCCCUUCAGUCUUCCAUCAAGGGCUUUAACCAAACCCAGCCCUGGUUAGCUUUGAUAUUAGACUAUAACCAUGUAAUAUCGUGAGAAUGAUUGUUGAGAAAUGUCCCCUUAAUAGAUUCACUGUUGCUAUCGAAGUUAUUCCAAAGGGUAGAUUCAACAGAGCAAAUUAAAUGUAACCAUAUUUAGGCCAAUAUAGUACUUGGGAAGUCAUCAACAGCUAUUGUUUAAAUUCUAAAAAUAGACAAUACAUAUACAGUGCAUUCAGACCCCUUCCCUUUUUCCACAUUUUGUUACGUUACAGCCUUAUUCUAAAAUUGAUUAAAUAAAACAUUUUCCUCAUCAAUUUACACACAAUACCCCAUAAUGACAAAGCAAAAACAGGUUUUUAGACAUUUUUGCCAAUGUAUUACAAAUAUUAAAGAGAAAUACCUUAUUUACAUAGCUAUUCAGACCCUUUGCUAUGAGACUAAAAAUUUAGCUCAGGUGCAUCCUUUUUCCAUUGAUCAUCCUUGAGAUAUUUCUACAACUUGAUUGCAGUCCACCUGUGGUCAAUUCAAUUGAUUGGACAUGAUUUGGAAAGGCACACACAUGUCUAUAUAAGGUCCCACAAUUGACAGUGCAUGUCAGAGCAAAAACCAAGCCAUGAGGUUGAAGGAAUUGUCCGUAGAGCUCCAAGACAGGAUUGUGUUGAGGCACAGCUCUGGGGAAGGGUACCAAAAAAUGUCUGCAGCAUUGAAGGUUCACAAGGACACAGUGGCCUCCAUCAUUCUUAAAUGGAAGAAGUUUGGAACCACCAAGACUCUUCCAAGAGCUGGCCGCCCAGCCAAACUGAGUAAUCGGGGGAGAAGGGCAUUGGUCAGGGAGGUGACUAAGAACCUGAUGGUCACUCUGACAGAGCUCCAGAGUUCCACUGUGGAGAUGGGAGAACCUUCCAGAAGGACAACCAUCUCUGCAGCACUCCACCAAUCAGGCCUUUAUGGUAGAGUGGCCAGACAGAAGCCACUCCUCAGUAAAAGGCAUGACAGCCCGCUUGGAGUUUGCCAAAAGGCACCUUAAGGACUCAGACCAUGAGAAACAAGAUUCUCUGGUCUGAUGAAACCAAGAUUGAACUAUUUGGCCUGAAUGCCAAGCAUCACAUCUGGAGGAAACCUGGCACCAUCCUUACGGUGAAGCAUGGUGGUGGCAGCAUCAAGCUGUGGGGAUGUUUUUCAGCGGCUGGGACUGGGAGACUAGUCAGAGUCGACGGAAAGAUGAAGGGAGCAAAGUACAGAGAGAUCCUUGAUGAAAACCUGCUCCAGAGCGCUCAGGAUCUCAGACUGGGGUGAAGAAUCACCUUCCAACAGGACAACGACUCUAAACGCACAGCCAAGACAACGCAGGAGUGGCUUCGGGACAAGUAUCUGAAUGUCCUCGAGUGGCCCAGAUAGAGCCCGGACGUGAACCCGCUUGAACAUCUCUGGAGAGACCUGAAAAUAGCUGUGCAGCGUCGCUCCCCAUUCAACCUGACAGAGCUUGAGAGGAUGUGCAGAGAAGAAUGGGAGAAACUCCCCAAAUGCAGGUGUGCCAAGCUUAUAGCGUCAUACACAAGAAGACUUGAGGCUGUAAUCACUGCCAAAGGCUGAGUAAAGGGUCUGAAUACUUUUUUCUUUUUUUUUAUACAUUUGCAAACAUUUCUAAAAACCUGUUUUUGCUUUGUCAUUAUGGGGUAUUGUGUGUAGAUUGAUGAGGGAAAAAACAAUUUAAUCAAUUUUAGAAUUAGGCUGUAACGUAACAAAAUGUGGAAAAAGUCUAGGGGUCUGAAUACUUUCCGAAUGCGCUGUAGGGUUUCAAGCUUAUAAAAGUUAAAGAAAUAAAAUAAUAAGAUUAAGCCAGUGGCUUAGAUCGAACUAUCCAAGUAAUAGAUACAUCUCCUUUAAAAUGUUGAUAUUUUGUUGCAUUGUCAACCAAACACAAUUCAAUAUUACUUUUGUAAGACAGUAAAUAGCUUAAUGUUAAGGCUAUCGUACAAACUAAUGUAACAGUAUUUAUUCAACCUUAAAAUUGGUAACACAUCCAUGGCCACAUUUUGAGGUUACUGUAACAUGAAAUGUUCUGUGGAAAUCUUCACAAUUGCUACAAUAAUCUGAACAGAAUCUCAAACGGCAUUGGUCACUUGUACCAUGUAGUUUAAUGUAAUCUCAAUUGCAAUCCAGGUCAUUUGGUUGUGCUAUUAGAUUAAGCACAUUGAUAACACAUUAAGUUGUUGUAUAAAUAAACAAAAUAUCUGACAUUGUAUUCCCAUUUGAACGUUGUUGUGCUUUUCAAUGGUUGAAAGCGCAUUGAUAACACAUUUAGGUGACAACUAAACCAGAAAUCAGACAUUGAUUUUUCAUUGGGAAUUCAACAAACUUUUUGUGUGGGUGAAAAUAGGGUGGAAUCUCAUUGAUCAAUGCAUCUACCAAAUAUUACCCAAUUCUCCACGUUGAAAUGAUGUGGUGUGCCCAGUGGGAUGUAUCAUUAUGGAUAAUUGGGGAGCAUUUGGCCUCAGGAAUGAAGGAUUUGAAAAUAUCAUUAUCAACUGUAAUUCCGCUUUACUUAUGAAUAUCAAGGUGAACAGAUGGCAUUGAUGAUUCUCCAUGUUCUCUCCCUUUCAUCCUGCCUUAGAGUCCUUCCAGGUGGUAGUGAAAGGAAAUGGUUUCUCACAUGCCCGCGAGGUGGGGAAGGUCCUUUGUAGCUUCCGCAUCAACGACACUCUUACUUUGAGUAAGUGGACGUUACGGUACCUACAAUUUACCGACCAUUAACCUUAAUGAAUCCCAUCAGCAACACCUCUGUUUUUAAUGAGCUGGGAAGAAUCUCUAACUUUCACACAAGGUUCUUAGUGCAGGGUAAUGAGGCUUAGAAAGAUAUAUGUUUCAGCAAUGUCACAGUGAGUUAGUUGGCUGUUAUUGACUGUGACUGCGAAACAGGCAAAUACAAAAGAGAAGGAUUUCAACCAUCCUGAACGAAAGAGCCUAAAGGAAUGAGCCUGAAAGAAUGCUCAUUAGAUCAAACAGGCACCAGUUGGGUUCUCAAGACAAUUUCUGCCUGUCUUCUGUUCCUCACUUAACCAAUUCAUUGGUCCAAUGUAGAACAGCAGUAUCCCACAAGGUGCCCUACACAUGACAGAACAUUGGACAAUGGACCAAGAAAGGACUUCUUUGCACUUGUGGCACAAAGCUUUUGAUGCAAGAGAUUACCCUCGCUCCAAAGUUGCAAACCACUGUCUGGUUGCAAAUUCCACACCAAUGUAGUCGGCAGCAGUGCACAAACAGAUCUGAGUUGGAGAUGUAAUGUGCUUUCUUUGUUCCUUUCACUCAUCCAAAACGGAUCUAGCACAUCUGCUCUAGGCUCAGUGCCUCUGAUAAGCUAGGUAGAAGGCUCUCUGAAGCUUUAAAGGUAAGGGUUUAUUUAAUCCAGAAUCUUCAAAUGGAUCAGGGACUUGCAAUAAUAUCCGUUGAUUAGCAAUAUUCAGUAGAGAGUAGUCCAAUUCUUUACACUGAAGAGACAUUUCUGCAUUCUUCCCUGAGGCAUUACGGGAGGUGGGGCUACGUUUGCCUUGGCCACAAGGAAGAGGGGGUUAUAUCAUGCACACUGUUAUUACAAAUACCCCCCCCCCCCACACACACACACACACACAAACACACACACACUUUGCUUCAUCUGGUUGAAUACUUAAGGCUUCUCAGAUGUACAGCGGGAAUGUGGAUCUUAUAUGCCAUGUGCACACACUGGACGUUCUCUCGGCCAGGGUAAAUAAACCACACUCACUCUGAAGGAUUUCAGUUGCUUCAUUUUCCACAAGUAAAGGGCCACAAAGACAACAACAAAGGAAUUUUCACAAUUUGUUUCAAAGUAUUUCAAUUUCAACUAUACUCUUUAAAACACUCUUUGAUCUACAACUCUUUGAAACUAUGAUACUUUAACUGAGAUACACAGUUAAAUUAAUAGCACCGUUUGUUAAUUAAUUAGCUACUGUACUGUAUUUUGAUUUUAUUUUUGUUUUUAUUUCCAUGCACCUCUCGCUGGAUGCAUAGCUAUAGGAUGUAUAAUCAGGGACAUUAUCCACUGUAUACAGUAUUAGGUAGUUUUUUAUAUAUACACAUAAUACAAAGCAUUCUCUUCUAUAACCCAUAGUGAAAAGACCAUUGGUCGUGAGAGACACCUACCUGCUGUGUCCAGCUCCAAUAUUGGAGGAGGAGGGGACGUAAGUGACUGUUUAACUCUCACAUCCUCACUGCUUUAAUUGAUGCAUGCCAAACCCAACUCAUGAAAUGCUAAGAUAAACUUAUACACUAUCAGUCAAAAGUUUGGACACACCUACUCAUUCAAGGGUUUUUCUUUAUUUGUACUAUUUUUUACAUUGCGGUCCGACUCAUCCGAAACCAUCUCAAUUUGGUUGAGGUCGGGGGAUUGUGGAGGCCAGGUCAUCUGAUGCAGCACUCCAUCACUCUCCUUCUUGGUAAAAUAGCCCUUACACAGCCUGGAGGUGUGUCGGGUCAUUGUCCUGUUGAAAAACAAAUGAUAGUCCCACUAAGCCCAAACCAGAUGCGAUGGCGUAUUGCUGCAGAAUGCUGUGGUAGACAUGCUGGUUAAGUGUGCCUUGAAUUCUAAAUAAAUCACAGACAGUAUCACCAGAAAAGCACCCCCACACCAUAACACCUCCUCCUCCAUGCUUUACGGUGGUAAAUACACAUGCGGAGAUCAUCUGUUCACCCACACCGCAUCUCACAAAGACACGGCGGUUGGAACCAAAAACCUCAAAUAUGGACCCCAGACCAAAUUUCCACCGGUCUAAUGUCAAUUGCUUGUGUUUCUUGGCCCAAGCAGGUCUCUUCUUCUUAUUGGUGUCCUUUAGUAGUGGUUCCUUUAUGAAGGCCUGAUUCACUCAGUGACUCUCAGAUCCACCUCUACGCAGACGACACCAUUUUGUAUACAUCUGGCCCUUCAUUGGACACUGUGUUAACAAACCUCCAAACGAGCUUCAAUUCCAUACAACACUCCUUCAGUAGCCUCCAACUGCUCUUAAACACUAGUAAAACUAAAUGCAUGCUCUUCAACCGAACGCUACUUGCACCCGCCCACCCGACUAGAAUCACUACUCUCGACGGGUCUGACCUAGAGUAUGUGGACAACUACAAAUAUCUAGGUGUCUGGUUAGACUGUAAACUCUCCUUCCAGACUCACAUUAAGAAUCUCCAAUCCAAAGUUAAAUCUAGAAUCGGUUUCCUAUUUCGCAACAAAGCCUCCUUCACUCAUGCUGCCAAACAUGCCCUCGUAAAACUGACUAUCCUACCGAUCCUUGACUUCGGCGAUGUCAUUUACAAAAUAGCCUCCAACACUCUACUCAGCAAAUUGGAUGUAGUCUAUCACAGUGCCAUCCGUUUUGUCUCCAAAGCCCCAUAUAAUACCCACCACUGUGACCUGUACGCUCUUGUUGGCUGGUCCUCACUACAUAUUUGUCGCCAAACCCACUGGCUCCAGGCCAUCUAUAAAUCACUGCUAGGCAAAUCCCCGCCUUAUCUUAGCUCAUUGGUCACCAUAGCAACACCCACCCGUAGUCUGCGCUCCAGCGGUAUAUCUCACUGGUCAUCCCCAAAGCCAACACCUCCUUUGGCCGCAAUUCCUUCCAGUUCUCUGCUGCCAAUGACUGGAACAAAUUGCAAAAAUCUCUGAAGCUGGAGACACUUAUCUCCCUCACUAACUUUAAGCAUCAGUUGUCAGAGCACCUUACCGAUCACUGCACCUGUACACAGCCCAUCUGAAAUUAGCCCGCCCAACUACCUCAUCCCUAUAUUGUUAUUUAUUUUGCUCAUUUGUACCCCAGUAUCUCUAUUUGCACAUCAUCUCUUGCACAUCUAUCAUUCCAGUGUUAAUACUAAUUGUAAUUAUUUUGCACUAUAGCCUAUUUUAUUGCCUUACCUCCAUAACUUGCUAAAUUUGCACACACUGUAUAUUAUAUGUAUUUCUGUUGUAUUUUUGACUUUGUUUUGUUUUACCCCAUAUGUAACUCUGUGUUGUUGUUUUUAUCGCACUGCUUUGCUUUAUCUUGGCCAGGUCGCAGUUGUAAAUGAGAACUUGUUCUCAACUGGUUUACCUGGUUAAAUAAAGGUGAAAUAAAAAUAAAAUAAAAAAAGUCCCCUCUGAACAGUUGAUGUUGAGAUAUGUCUGUUACUUGAACUCUGUGAAGCAUUUAUUUGGGCUGCAAUUUCUGAGGCUGGUAACUGUAAUGAACUUAUCCUCUGCAGCAGAGGUAACUCUGGGUCUUCCAUUCCUGUGGCGGUGUCAAGGGGUGCUGAAGGUGGGUGUGGUGCAUGAAUCAAGCGCAGGACGCAGAAGCUCAGUCCAAAAUACUUUAGUGCAAUAUUCACGUAGAAAAUAAGCACAAUAAGCCCGAAGGCGAAAUAACGGCGCACACAGGCGUCAAACAAACGGCGCACUAACAUGUGCGAAAAACCUCUCCAAAACACUGGAGGGAAGUACGUAGCUCCAACACAAAACAGAAGAGCAAUCACACACAAAGACAAACACACACAACGAGAACUAAAUAGGACACUAACGAGGACUAACAAGACACAGGUGUACAACAUCAAGAUAAAACCAAACGAACAUGAAACAUAGAUCGGUGGCAGCUAGUACUCCGGGGACGACGACCGCCGAAGCCUGCCCGAACCAGGAGGAGGAGCAGCCUCGGCCGAAACCGUGACAGUACCCCCCCCCCCCCUUGACGCGCGGCUCCAGCCGUGCGCCGACCCCGGCCUUGGAGACGACCAGGAGGACGCGGAGCAGGGCGCGCGGGAUGGUCCCGGUGGAACUCCGACAGGAGAGAUGGGUCUAGGAUGUCCCUCCGCGGCACCCAGCACCGCUCCUCCGGGCCGUACCCCUCCCACUCCACGAGAUACUGGAGACCCCCCAUCCGGCAUCUUGAGUCCAAGAUGGACCGAACGGUGUACGCCGGAGCCCCCUCGAUGUCCAGUGGGGGCGGAGGAGUCUCCCCUAUCUCAUUGUCCUGGAGUGGACCAGCUACCACCGGCCUGAGAAGAGACACAUGGAACGAGGGGUUAAUAUUCUUAUACUCAACAGGUAGAUGUAACCUAUAACACACCUCGUUCAAUCUUCUCAGGACUUUAAAGGGCCCCACAAACCGCCGACCCAGCUUCCGGCAGGGCAGGCGGAGGGGUAGGUUUCUGGUAGAGAGCCAGACUCGAUCUCCGGGUGCGUACACCGGCCCCUCACUGCGGUGGAGAUCGGCGCUCGCCUUGUGACGAAGGACGGCCCGCUGCAGGUGGACGUGGGCAGCGUUCCACGUCUCUUCCGAGCGCCUAAUCCAAUCAUCCACCGCAGGGGCCUCGAUCUGGCUCUGCUGCCCAGGUGCCAGAACCGGCUGGUAACCUAACACACAUUGGAAGGGGGUUAGGUUGGUAGAGGAGUGGCGGAGAGAGUUCUGGGCCAUCUCGGCCCAGGGAAUGUACCGUGCCCACUCCUCCGGCCGGCCCUGGCAAUACGACCUCAGAAACCUACCCACAUCCUGGUUGACACGUUCUACCUGCCCGUUACUCUCCGGGUGGUACCCUGAGGUAAGGCUAACCGAGACCCCCAAACGCUCCAUGAUCGCUCUCCAAACACGGGAGGUAAACUGGGGGCCUCGAUCAGACACUAUAUCCUCGGGUACCCCGUAAUGCCGGAAGACGUGGGUAAAUAGGGCCUCAGCGGUCUGUAGGGCAGUAGGAAGACCCGACAUAGGGAGAAGACGACAGGCCUUAGAGAACCGGUCCACAACGACCAGGAUGGUGGUAUUCCCCUGAGAGAGGGGAAGGUCUGUCACAAAAUCCACCGAGAGGUGGGACCAUGGUCGUUGUGGAACAGGCAGGGGUUGUAACUUACCCCUGGGCAGAUGUCAGGGCGCCUUACACUGGGCGCACACCGAGCAGGAGGAGACAUAAACCCUCACAUCCCUAGCCAAAGUGGGCCACCAGUAUUUAGUGCUAAGGCAAUGCACUGUCCGGCCAAUACCCGGAUGUCCAGAGGAGGGUGACGUGUGAGUCCAGUAAAUGAGUCGAUCCCGAAUCUCCGAGCGUAACGUACUUCCGACCCAUCAGGACACUGUGGAGGGCUGGGGUCGGUAGCAACGCUCGCUCGAUUUCGGCAUCGACCUCCCACACCACCGGUGCCACAAGGCAAGACUCCGGUAGUAUGGGAGUAGGCUCAACGGACCUCUCCUCCGUGUCAUACCGCCGGGACAGCGCAUCUGCCUUACCAUUCUGGGACACGCGGAUGUACGUCGAUUUUAAAUUCACGAUGACCCUGUGGGAGGAUUAAACAAUACCUAUCAUUCUCGCCGCCACCGGUGCUGCCCGGCUCCCGGGCGGCCCCGGAUAGACCGCGUUUUCAGUCUCCUCGCUGCCGGAUGUUACUCCGGUUCCCGCCACCCCUGUCAGUCUACCAAAUUCAUGGAUGGGCUAUAGGGUUGUGUUGAGCCCCCUCUUAAGCCAAGCCUCAACCUUAAGGGCUUUGUUAACUCAGCUACAUGCUUUCCCCUGUCCUACCAACGUUUUCAUUUGUACGCUAGCCGUGGUCUGUUAGCUUUUUUUGCGUAAAAAGUAAAUAGGGGCGGAGUUAGGGGUAUGGCCCCGUGACUCGUUGUAUUUUUGAGAGAUAUGAUCGGCCCUUUAUACCAGCUCAGAUGCGUUUCUUACUUUCUCAACGUGAUAUAGGGUAAUGCGGGCGAUCCCCGUUAUUUUUUUUCUUUUGCUGUCACUCUUACUCCGCAACAGGUAACGCCGACCGUAAAAGUAAACAGGCCCUUAGUGCCCCAUAUUGGUCACUUGUACGCAUCACGCUGUACACUGCAUUUGAGGCAGAUCCGGAUCCCACUGUCAGACAGGGAUUCGUGAGGUGAUGCUGCCACCCUGUCCAAUAACUACGGACUAAAUUAUAACCUCCGUGUAGUUACAUUCGCAAAGCCCAAGAAACCUGACUGAACCCUCUUUACUAGUGUGUGUUGGUCCAGAUGUUUGACUUUAUUUCACGCACAGCGGACACAAGAUUCAUAUCCUCAAUUCUCACCCCUGACAGGGACAACCGAUACCCAAAAAGGUACCCAGACCUUCCUGGAAAAAGUCUAUGACAUUUCUCGUGCUUUCUUGACGAUUAUAGGCUCCGUGCUCCAUUCAGCCGCUCAUAGUAAUAAGAUCGCAUCCACUGUGGUUUAAUUGCCUAGGCUCGGUGUACUGAUCAAGUAACCAUGAUCACCCUGUCAUCCAUUGACACGACACCCUUGUCCUAUGUCAUUUCCAUUUGGAGUAAACCAUGUAUAUACGAAGUAGUUGGCGCAAGACUUUGAUGGAGCUAUUCAGCAUAAACCGAUUUUUAGGUGCAUGAUUCGGAUAGAAUUCAAAAUGACCCCUGGACUGUUUUUUUUUCGUUCCCCGGUUACAUAUACAAGCUUGUCUGCCAUGUGUCGCCCUGUCCACUAAUGCUGCACCCAAGUGAUUACGCGCUCCUAUUGAUAGAAUCCCAUAAUGCCUUCGUGAAAUAACACUUGAGCUGCCCCAGUCCGCAAUGACUCCGUCAUGGUCGCAAUCAGAGGGAGUGAUAAACUGUACUCUCACAUGUAUAUCCUAUGAAGGGCAUGACUCAAUCGGAAUCAAAUGCCUCCACGUGCGCACCACACCCGUCUCACUCACUUGUCUUACCUUCAGAAAAACGAUAUACUCGAGAUGGCCCCCCGGGGAGGAAGUGGAGGUCCAUGAUAUUUAUCCAACCUGUCUCAAAGAUUGGGAUGUAAGUCUCUUUUCCUAUAGCACUUUCCUUUCUCUUAUUGAGACAAAGGAUUUACAUUCGCUGCCCCGCUCUGGAGAUGCGCUGCUCUGCUCUGGUUCUCCCGAGUACAAUAUGAAAUAAUCAUUCCGUGUCUAUGCAGGAGGCAACUGGUCGCCCACUGUAGUUUACUAAACUACUUGACCGAGCUAAACCCAUAUAUUUAAGUUGCUGGAUGCUAUGUGUCGUUAGUAUCUGGUGCAUCAUUGGUUGGAUUCUUCUCUACAUUUACCAAAGUUUUCUCCCCCACGGGAUAAACCACACAUGUGACUAUCGCUACCAUCGCCACCCUGAGGCAAAGCACCACCAUUCGAUGUACCCGCCUACCUCUGUGUACACGAAAUAAUAGCAGGGUUUAUGGGUUGCAAAACUAUAGGGAUUAUUCAGCACCUCUGUGGCGUACGCAGGGGAGAGUCGAUUCAGAUACAGCUUUGUAUUAGUCUCUUCAUGACACCUCUCCCGCGCAUCACAUUACUAAUGUGGCCCUUGCCUUUUUGGAUCUGCCCUAAUCAAUCCCCCGGUACUCCAACUGGUUGAUGCUGGCUAUCUACUUGGUUUCCCUCCCAUGAAACGGGGAAAAGGUUUGUUAAUAAAAGCCCCGGCCUAGGAGAGGGAUCUUCCCCUUCCCUCAAACUCAUACAAAAACCUCCGUUCCCUAUCCACACCCACAAAUUUCUCCAGGCUGUACUGAAAUCUCCACUCCAGCGCCUCAUGUCUGGGUAAUGAGGUGCAACCAUGGGAAAAAUUUUACACACAGGUUAUACAUAGAAUUUUCCUGGCGCACAACAGAAAGAUCUGGUGUAAGGGGUAGUCUACUUUCCACCGGGCAGGCAAUACCCAGUAGCGUUUGCCUGUUGUUGAUUCUCACAAGUUGAGAACCCUCUAAAACACACGCCACCUAUCUCCUCCUUGGUCCCUACGCAGCGCUGCCCCCAUCACUAGUACCUUUUUCUCCCUAUCGCAUCUGCUGUAACGCCGAGGUAUCAGGCCCCCCUACUUGCGGAUUAAUUCCUCAAUUACUUUUAAUCUGUCAGCGAACGGCACCACCCCACACCAGAGCUCUUAAUAGGGCUGUUCCCCUCUGGAUAGGUACCAUUUUUCUUCUCGUCCCCCCGGUGCCUGUGCUGGGCUGCCCAACCCCUAGGGACGCCCCAUCGGGACGUCCUUUAACGGUCGUCUUGAGCCCCUUUAUGAAGGGUUGCUCCGUACGCCCCAUGGACAUAUCGACCAACUGUUCGAAGGGAGUUAUCCCAGCGCGUAUCUAGCAGGCCACAUACUCGUUUGAACCAGUUCCUCCCGCUAUGUACAUCUGAUAAAUUUGGCGUGUAUGAGGGUUGCUUAAUGUUUCAUCACUACCCAUAUGAGUUCAUUAGCUGCUAGAGUACCCCGCGACUACUACUAUGAGCAUACAGCUAUCUCGUGUUGCUGUUUCUUCCUUCCUUCACCCGUCUUAGCGCCCCUGGAUUUUUAGACGCUCCUCAGCCUGACUUUUGACCCACUCCUAUUGGGGCAUGGUAGAACCGAUCCGCGCUCUGAAGUUUGCGCGGGUAUGACUUGCGGCUCGCCUUAGCGACUUUAUUGUUUUUGGUGUGGUGUGCUCGCCAUCCCCGUCUCCCAACGCGGAGCUCUAGCACCAUUUUCCCAACGCCUUGAGUGAGACAGGGAGAUGUAUGGGCGGACAUCUCGUCUGUCUUGUCUCUCUAGGUGUUGCCUUCCAAAGCGUUGUGUAACAGUGGCAGCGUCUUUUUAGACCGCCUCCACUGACAGGAGUCCCCCAAACCCCCUACCUGAACCCUGCAGUCUUUGCCCGUUCAUAAGCCCUCCUUGGGUGAGAUGAGUUAGCCGAACCAUUUGGGUUACGGUAUCAUGGUGUAGAGUGGUAUAUGUGUGGAUUGGUGUAGCGCCGCGUCAACCCCCGCGGUUUUCCCUUCUGUAGCCGUGGGAGGUCCCUUCCUUUCCUCCCUCUCCCCCUUCCGUGGGGUACCCCGCUGAUUUCCCAUUAGUCGCUGCUGAGGUGAUCGUUGGAUUACGUCUCCUGUUAGAGCGCGUCCCCAGUUGUCGAUCUGGUCAUCUGGCCGCGAACAUGCUCUCGUGCGACUCAGCGUAGCUGCAAGACUACUGCUGAUUCCAUUUUGGUGUUGGAUCUGUCAAGGGGUGCUUGAAGUGGGAGUGGUGCAUGAAUCAAGCGCAGGACGCAGAAGCUCAGCCAAAAGACUUUAGUGCAUAUUCAAGUUUAGAAAAAUAAGCACAAAGCCCGAAGGCGAAAUAACGGCGCACACAGGGUCAAACAAACGGCGCACUAACAUGUGCGAAAAACCUCUCCAAAAAACACUGGAGGAAGUAGUUAGCUCGCAACACAAACAGGAAGAGCAAUCACACACAAAAAUACAACCACACACAACAAGAACGAAAUAGGACAACUAACGAGGACUAACAAGACAAAGGUGUACAACAUCAAGACCCAAAAACCAAACGGAACAUGAAACAUAGAUACGGUGGCAGCUAGUACUUCCGGGGAACGGGACCGCGAAAGCCUGCACGACCAGGGAGGAGGAGCAGCCUCGGCCGACGAAACCGUGAACAGACGGUCACUCAUGAGAGCCCAGUUUCCUCAUAGCGUUUGAGGUUAGUUGCGACUGCACUUGGAAAGUCUUGAAAUGUCCGUAUUGACGACCUUCAUGUUCUUAAAGUAAUGAUGGGCUGUCGGUUUCUCUUGAUGAUUGGAGUGUUCUUGCCUAAUAUGGACUUGGUCUUUUACCAAAUAGGGUAUUCUCUUAUAACCCCCCUACCUUGUCACAACACAAACUGAUGGCUCAAACGCAUUAAGAAGGAAAGAAAUCACAAAUUAAAUUUAACAAGGCCACCUGUUAAUGAAAGCAUUUCCAGGUGGACUACCUCAGGAGGCGGUUGAGAGGAUGCCAAGAGGGUUGCAAAAGCUGCUCAAGGCAAGGGAUGGCUAUUUGAAGAAUCCACAAAUAUAAAAGAUAUUUGAUUUGUUGAAAACUAUUGGGUUACUACCAUUGAUUCCAUAUGUGUAUUUCUAGUUUGAUGUCUUCACUAUAUUAUACAAUGUACUGUAGAACAUAGUAAAAAUAAAGAAAAACCUUGAAUGAGUAGGUGUGUCCAAACAGUGACUGGUAUGCAUAGUAUUUACCCCAUCAUUACCCACAAUUACAUCUCCUGCUUUCAAUCCUAUUUUCUCAGAAAAGCAGCUAUCGUCGGCUUGAAUGAAAACAGAGAUGUGUUGAAGGAUAGCUAUUUAAGAGCAAAUAACCAAACAGGCAGGUAUGGAUCCCCUCUCACCUCACCUCUCCUGCCUCUCUUCCUCACCUUCCUCUCACCUCCCUCAGGGCAGCUACCCUCCACGUCAGUUAUGAACAAUGGCCUGAGUUUCAUAUAUAGUCCGUCACCAUCACCACUGUCAGCUGUGUAAGUAUCAUAACCCCUCACACACCCUUACACAGUGUUCUUUAAUGUGUGGCUCAUUUUAAGUUACUGUACUCUUCCAUGUCUAGUCCUGGGAGGUAAUAUAGAUUUGGUUCAAGCACAGGCUUUUUUAGUUUAUGUACAACAGGGUCUGACCUAUUUUCCGAUCUCGGCACUACCCCAGUCUGAUUGGGAGUUCUUGGCCAUAGCUAGCUAAUUCCUGCGGCUCUGCUGAUGCUGUCUGCUCUGGUGGUUUCUGGCCAUCUCUGCUGCACCAGUGGUAUUGCAGCCCAUACUUUUUGAUCAUUUCGUGAAGUGGGGUGAGCAUAGGAUAUUGCCUUACGCAGCCGUUAUUUGUCCAUGAGAUUUGUGUUUGUGUUAUCUACAGUACCCUGUUAAAACCAAACACACAAAAAAAAAUUGAAUAUAGCGCUAGGUAUAGUAAAAGUCUCACAACCCCGUGCACAUCUUCAAGUUUUGGCUGCCUUAAGAAAUCACAUCUUAAAAAGGAUUCAAGUGAACUUUUUCACACCCCAGACAGAGUUAAUACGUCAGGCCAUCACAGCUGUGCAUUAAAUUUAAAUAAGAUUCUACCAACUGUGCACAACUAUUAGGUGUAACAUAACUGAGUAUACAAACAUUAGGAACACCUUCCACUAAUAGUGAGUUUGCAACCCCCCUUCGCCUCAGAACAGCACUCAUUAAGCGGGUCUGGACCUCUACAAGGUGUCGAAAGCAUUCCACGGGAUGCUGGCCCCAUUUGGACCAGGCUCCCACAGUUGUGUCAGUUGGCUAGAGUGUCCUUUUGGUUGAUGGACCACCCUUGAGACACCACAGGAACGCGUUGGCCGUGAAAAACCCAGCAGCGUUGCAGUUCUUGACCACAAACGGUGCGCAUUAUGCACCUAACUUUACCAUAGCGUUCAAGGGCACUUAAUAUUUUGCGUCUUGCCCCAUUCACCCUCGGAAUGGCCACACAUACACCAAUCCAGUUGUCAUUGUCUUCAAGGGCUUUAAAAAAUUUUCCCGUAUUUACGGAGUCCCCUCCCCUUCAUAUAAAAAGGAUUGUGGGGGCGUUUUGUUAGACCUCAGUGCGAUGUUGACAUUAUCGAUGAGGUUCUGCUUGCUGGGAAGAACGAUGUGUUAUGGCUUACACCUCUGCUUAUAAUGUGGAAAAUAGUACUUGUCUAACAGAACAAGAGGGUGGGUUUUAAGGAAAGCCUCUCAAAACAUAAAUCCAGGUAGAAUCCAGGAUUCCCCAGGGCAGCUGUCUAGGCCCCUUGCUUUUUCCAUCUGUACUAAACGACAUUUGUGCCAAAUGGCUUGAGUAAAGCCGUGUGUUCUAUGUAUGCGGUAUGACUCAACACUUAUUACAGUCAGCUACACAGCAACUGAAAUAACUGCAAACACUUAACAAAGAGUUGCAGGUAGUUUCAGAAGGGUGGCAAGGAAAAUUUGCUGAACUGACUAUUUCCAAACAAAAGCAUUUGUAUUUGGGUAAAUCAUCCAUAAACCCUAAACAUUUCAAUACAUCUCGUCAAUGAAUACUGCUGGAAAUUGAGCAAGUGUGAGGUUUGUCAAACUGCUUGGCGUAAACCGGAUUGUUAGACUGUCAUGGUUAAAGCAUAUUGAUACAACAGUAGUUAAGAUGGGGAGAAGUUAUUGUCCAUAUAUUAAGCGCGGCUCUGCCGUCGUAACAACACUAUCACAAGGGCAGGUCCUACAGCCUAGUUUGUCGCACCUGGAAAUACUGUCAGUAGUGUGGUAAGGUUGCCACAAAGAGGGACUGGGGAAAAUUCGCAGUUGGCUCAGAAAGGGCAGCACGGCGGCCCUAAAAGUACACGGGAGCGCUAACAUUGAUUGACAGGCAUGUCAGUCUCUCCUGCUCAAGCGGGAAGAGAGAUUGGACUUCAAAUCAUCUGCUUGUUUUGGUGAGAGGUGUCGACCACGAGCGAAUGUACCGAGACUGUGGGGGGUCGUCUGUUGGAAUAAGACACACCAGCUCGGAACCCCAUGCCAUACCCCCACAAGACAUGCACCCGAGGGUCUCUUCACAGUCCCAAGUUCAGGAACGGGAUAUGGGAGGCGCACAGUACUACAGAGAGCAGACUAAUGGACUUCUAGUCCACAUCAGGUAAGAUGCAAGCAGUAGAAUCAGAUUAGAAAAAAACAGGUAAAAAACACCUUGUGAACAGCGAGGGGGGGACUGUUGAGAGAAACACACACAGGUUACCUGACACACAUACAUGAACCCACCACUUUACACACACAGGGAGGUGGGUAUUGUAAAUAUGUUGAUAGGGGAUGUGGCCUGCGCGAAACACACUGAAAUGUAUGUGGUAAAGGUUAUGAAAUAGAAGGCAUGGAAUAUCUUUAAAUUGAUAUAACUGCCUGAAUGUUGGCCGGACCCCAGGAAGAGCUAAGGGGAUCCUUAAUAAAUACAUAUACAAGAAAAUCUACACGGAUUGAAGUGAUUAACAGCGAGAUCAUAAGGGCUCACCUGGUCAGCUAUGUCAUGGAAAGAGGCAGUUCUUACUUGUUUUGUAUAUUCAGGUAUAUAUACAGUGUUUUUGUAAAAAUGCCUCAAGUUCAGUAAAGUUGGUGGGAAUAAUGUUGGACAUUUCAAUAUUCAAAACAUGUCCUCCUGAUUUUCAAGCAGUUUGCCCCCGUGGAUGGCGAACCGGCUUAAGCGGGGGAGAACUCGGCGUAGGGAUGUGUUGGCUCCAUCUUCCUCCACUCGGCGUUAGCCCACUCCAACGCCUUGCCCGUGAGACAGGAGAUGAGGGCGGAAACGCUCCUCGUGUCCCGAGGGCAACCGGGUGUACAGUGGCCAGGUAGAGCUCCACCUGCAGGAGGAACCCUGACACCCGGCAGCUGUUCCGUCAUACGCCCUCGGGAGCGAGAGCCGAAUCCCACUGGGUUCCGGACCUGGUGAGAGGGUAUAGGUGGAGGUGUGGGUACCCCGGGUAGGUGGAGGUGUGGGGUACCCCGCUGGCCUCCCAUCGGUGCAGGGUGUUGAUGACGUCCUGUAGAGCGGUCCCCCAGUUGUCGUAUCUGGUCAUCUUGGCCGCGAACAUGCUCCUCGAGCGACUCAGGCGUAGCUGCAGAUCCUGCUGAUUCCAUUUUGGUGUGUGAUUCUGUCAAGGGGUGCUGAAGGUGGGUGUGGUGCAUGAAUCAAGCGCAGGACGCAGAAGCUCAGUCCAAAAGACUUUAGUGCAAUAUUCACGUAGAAAAUAAGCACAAUAAGCCCGAAGGCGAAAUAAACGGCGCACACAGGCGUCAAACAAACGGCGCACUAACAUGUGCGAAAAACCUCUCCAAAACACUGGAGGGAAGUACGUAGCUCCAACACAAAACAGAAGAGCAAUCACACACAAAGACAAACACACACAACAAGAACUAAAUAGGACACUAACGAGGACUAACAAGACACAGGUGUACAACAUCAAGACAAAACCAAACGAACAUGAAACAUAGAUCGGUGGCAGCUAGUACUCCGGGGACGACGACCGCCGAAGCCUGCCCGAACCAGGAGGAGGAGCAGCCUCGGCCGAAAACCGUGACAGGCGGUCCUCAUGAGAGCCAGUUUCAUCAUAGCGUUUGAUGGUUUUUGCGACUGCACUUGAAAGUUCUUGAAAUGUUCCGUAUUGACUGACCUUCAUGUCUUAAAGUAAUGAUGGGCUGUCGUUUCUCUUUGCUGAUUUGAGCUGUUCUUGCCAUAAUAUGGACUUGGUCUUUUACCAAAUAGGGCUAUCUUCUGUAUAACCCCCCUACCUUGUCACAACACAACUGAUUGGCUCAAACGCAUUAAGAAGGAAAGAAAUUCCACAAAUUAACUUUUAACAAGGCACACCUGUUAAUUGAAAUGCAUUCCAGGUGACUACCUCAUGGAGCUGGUUGAGAGAAUGCCAAGAGUGUGCAAAGCUGUCAUCAAGGCAAAGGGUGGCUAUUUGAAGAAUCUCAAAUAUAAAAUAUAUUUUGAUUUGUUUAAAACUUAUUUGGUUACUACAUGAUUCCAUAUGUGUUAUUUCAUAGUUUUGAUGUCUUCACUAUUAUUAUACAAUGUACUGUAGAAAAUAGUAAAAAUAAAGAAAAACCCUUGAAUGAGUAGGUGUGUCCAAACCUUUGACUGGUACUGCAUAUUAUUUUACCCACUCAUUACCCACAAUUACAUCUCCCUUGCUUUCAAGUCAUAUUUUCUCAGAAAAGCAGCUAUCGUCGGUCUCUGAAAUGAAAACAGAGAUGUGUUGAAGGAUAGAUAUUAGAGCAAAAUAAACAAACAGUGCAGGUAAUUAUACCCUCUCACCUCACCUCUCCCUGCCUCUCUUCCCUCACCUUCCUCUCACCUCCCUCAGGGCAGCUACCCUCCACGUCAGUAUGAACAAUGGCCUGAGUUUCAUAUCUAGUUCCGUCACCAUCACCACUGUCAGCUGUGUAAGUAUCAACCCCUCACCACCUCUCUACACAGUGUUGUUCUUCUAAUUGUGUGGCUCAUUUUAGUACUGUACUCUUCCAUGUCUAUUCCUGGGAGGUAAUAUAGCUUGUGUUCAAGCACAGACUUUAGUUUAUGUACACCAGGUUCUGACCUUAUUUCCUAUCUCGGCCUACCCCAGUCUGAUGGGACGUUCUUGGCCAUAGCUCUGCUCAUCCUGCUGCUCCUGCUGAUGCUGGCUCUGCUCUGGUGGUUCUGGCCUCUCUGCUGCACAGUGGUAUGUCAGCCAUACUUUUUGUAAUCAUUUCGUGAAGUGUGUGUGCGCAUUAGGAUAUUGCAUUACGCAGCAGUAUUUGUUCAUGAGAUUGUGUUUUAUCUACAGUACCUGUAAAACCAAACACACAAAAAUGAAUAUAGUCGCUAGUAAAAGUCUACACACCCCUUGCACAGUCUUCAAGUUUUGCUGCCUUAAAAUCACAUCUAAAAAGGGAUUCAAGUAGAACUUUUUUCACACCCCAGAGUUAAUACUGUCAGCCAUCACAGCUGUGCAUAAUUUUAAAUAAGAUUCUACCAACUUUGCACAACUCUUAGGGUAACAUACACUGAGUAUACCAAACAUUAGGAACACCUUCCUAAUAUUGAGUUGCAACCCCCCUUUCGCCCUCAGAACAGCCUCAAUUCAUCGGGUCAUGGACUCUACAAGGUGUCGAAAGCAUUCCACAGGGAUGCUGGCCCAUGUUGACCAAUGCUUCCCACAGUUGUGUCAAGUUGGCUAGAUGUCCUUUUGGGUUGAUGGACCACCCUUGAUACACACAGGAAACUGUUGAGCGUGAAAAACCCAGCAGCGUUGCAGUUCUUGACACAAACCGGUGCGCCUGGCACCUACUACCAUAUCCUGUUCAAGGGCACUUAAAUAUUUUGUCUUGCCCAUUCACCCUCUGAAUGGCACACAUACACAAUCCAUGUGUCAAUUGUCUCAAGGCUUAAAAAUCCUUAUUUUACCGGUCCCCUCCCCUUCAUCUAAAAAGGAUUGUGGGGGCUGUUUUGUUAGACCUCAGUGCGACUUUUGACAUUAUCGAUGAUAGUCUGCUGCUGGAAAAACGUAUGUGUUAUGGCUUUACACCCUCUGCUAUAAUGUGGAUAAAUAGUUACUUGUCUAACAGAACACAGAGGGUGGUCUUUAAUGGAAGCCUCUCAAACAUAAUCCAGGUAGAAUCAGGAAUUCCCCAGGGCAGCUGUCUAGGCCCCUUGCUUUUUUCCAUCUUUACUAACGACAUGCCACUGGCUUUGAGUAAAGCCAGUGUGUCUAUGUAUGCGGAUGACUCAACACUAUACACGUCAGCUACUACAGCAACUGAAAUAACUGCAACACUUAACAAAGAGUUGCAGUUAGUUUCAGAAUGGGUGGCAAGGAAUAAUUUAGUCCUGAAUAUUUCCAAAACUAAAAGCAUUGUAUUUGGGUCAAAUCAUUCACUAAACCCUAAACCUCAAUUACAUCUCGUAAUGAAUAAUGUGGAAAUUGAGCAAGUUGAGGUGUCAAACUGCUUGGAGUAACCCUGGAUUGUAGACUGUCAUGGUUAAAGCAUAUUGAUACAACAGUAGCUAAGAUGGGGAGAAGUAUGUCCAUAAUUAAGCGCGGCUCUGCCUUCUUAACAACACUAUCAUCAAGGCAGGUCCUACAGGCCCUAGUUUUGUCGCACCUGGACUACUGUUCAGUAGUGUGGUCAGGUGCCACAAAGAGGGACUUGGGAAAAUUGCAGUUGGCUCAGAACAGGGCAGCACGGCUGGCCCUUAAAAGUACACGGAGCGCUAACAUUGAUGACAUGCAUGUCAGUCUCUCCUGGCUCAGAGUGGAAGAGAGAUUGACUUCAUCACUGCUUGUUUUUGUGAGAGGUGUCGACGAGCUGAAUGUACCGAGCUGUCUGUUUGGAAUACUGACACACAGCUCGGACACCCAUGCAUACCCCACAAGACAUGCCACCAGAGGUCUCUUCACAGUCCCCAAGUUCAGAACGGACUAUGGGAGGCGCACAGUACUACAUAGAGCCAUGACUACAUGGAAUUCUAUUCCACAUCAGGUAACUGAUGCAAGCAGUAGAAUCAGAUUAGAAAAACAGGUAAAAAUACACCUUGUGGAACAGCGGGGACUGUGAAGAGACACACACACAGGUACAUACACACAUACAUAGACACUCACUUUACACACACAUGGAUGUUGUAUUGUAAAUAUGUGAUAGUGGAGUAGUGGCCUGAGGGAACACACUAAAUGUAUUGGGUAAAGUGUUAUGAAAUAUAAUGGCAUGUAAUAUUUUAAAUUGUAUAUAACUGCCUUAAUGUUGCAGGACCCCAGGAAGAGCUAAUGGGGAUCCUUAAUAAAUACAUAUACAAAAAUCUACACUGAUUGAAGUGGAUUUAACAAGUGAGAUCAAUAAGGGAUCACCUGGUCAGUCUAUGUCAUGGAAAGAGCAGUUCUUAAUGUUUUGUAUACUCAGUAUAUAUACAUUGUUUUUGUAAAAAUUGCUCAAGUUCAGUAAAUUUGGUUGGGAAUAAUUGUUGGACAUCAAUAUUCAAACCAUGUCUCUGAUUUUCAAGCAGGUUUAAGUCAGGACUGAGACUGGACCAUUCAGGAACACUCAACACCUCGGAAAGCCAUUCUGGUGUGUCUUUGGCAUUAAGAUGUGUGUAAUUGUCCCGCUGAAAAAUAAAACUAUCCCAGGGUUAGGUUCUCAGAAGACUACGGCAGGUUUUCCUCUAACAUUUUACCUGGGCUUUGCUCCUUUCAUGUUUUUUUAAUCCUGACAAACUCCCCAGUCCCUGUCGGUGACAAGCAUACCCAUAACAUGAUGCUGCCACCACAAUACUUGAAAAUACAGAGGAUCAACAACAUUGCAUUCACUCCACAUUACUGGCCUGUAUGAAAAAGUGAAAAGAAGGACGGCUGUGUUAAAAACUCCACUCCAAAUCAUCCAUUUUGUUUGCAAUAAGGCUGUUAAGUAAUACUGCAUGACAAUACAGCAAAUAAACCCUCUGUAUUUUCAAUGAUUGUGCUGGCAGUAUCAUGUUAUGGUUAUCUUUGUCACCGGCAGGGACUGGGGAGUUUGUAAGGGUCAAAAUAAAUAUGAUAGGAUCCAAUUAAAUCCCUUUUAAAACUAAAUUUUAAGGCAGUAAAAUGUGAAGACCGUGCAAGGGGUGUGUACUGUAGACUUUCACUAGGCACUGUAGGUAACACAUUAUCACCCUCUCACAUUCAAACUAAUUUCCUGCACCCCAGCAGAGACGCUGCCAUGUACAGUAUGCAGAUGGGAAACAUCAUUUUUCAUGAUUCAGUCUCUUUUUCCAUCUUUGCAGAUCAUCCAUGAGCCUCCACCUCCGGUACUGGAGGACAGCUCA